GGCUGGUGCUUCAAUUUAGAGUUUACAUUCACCGCACACACUCACUCACAUACACAGAGCCAUGGCUUCAGUAAGAGUGGUAGGACCAGGACAACAUCGCCCGGCUCCCGACCACCAGCUAGUCUUUCAUGAACUAAAGGCCACCGGGAGGAAUAAAAUAACGUUACCGUGGAAAUCCUCCGUGGAGAUCAUCCUCGGGAAGAGCUCGGUGACGCGGGAGUGCGGUUCGGUUUCGGCGGUAUCAGCAGUCACAGGAUCCCCACUAAACCCGUCCCUGACCCCGAGACAACAAGGAGCCGCAGCAAGGUGUAAGGCUCAGCCGGGGCUGGUGCCACGUAGUUCAGACAGAGAGAGCGACAGCAGCAGCCAUGCCUGUGGGGGCACCGAGGGAGACACGACAGCGGCGAGGGAGGACACUGGUCAAAUCGGACGGAGCGGCAGCGGGAAUGACUCAACCCGUGAUCGAAGGAGUUCCCUGAAGAUCCUCACAAAUGUUAUGUCAAGCACAUCAGCUAACACACAGAUGACAGAUGUCAAGUGUGACAGAUCAAGCGCGCCAACAAACAGACACAUGGGAGCACACUCACAUCAGGACCGUCCGGUCAGAAGGCGCGCAUCCCACAGCCCCCAUGGUCAGACCACCGGGCUGGUGACCAAAGGGGACACCGGGGGACCGCCGCUGGAGCGGUUGACACAGGGAAGGACAGGGGUCGUUAAACUCGCGCGCACAGAAUCCCACCGAAGGGAGGUCUGGUCAAUAUUUGGCUCCCAGGAGCAGGAGGACGCGCGCGUGCGGUCGGAGACAGGAGAGGGCCACAAGUUUUGGACCAGAACCGUGACUCAGGACUGGUGCGACGUCUGUAACCAACGGAUCAGUGCUCAGCAGGCUCUCAAGUGUAAAAACUGCAACUACACUUGUCACCAGGAGUGUGGAGGGCGGGUCCAGCUGGACUGCAACCAGAGAGACAGCAACCCACAGGAAACUACAUCUCCCAGAAGACACAGCUCCACGCCUCCUCAGUACAAGCAGAAGGAGGUCGAAGAGGAGAGAGGGCCCAAGGCUCUGUCAGAGGAAGAAUUGCGGGCCAGAAUAGAGGACUACAACUCUACGGUCUCAGAGAAUGGCAUGAAACUGGGUGCUGAUGGUUUGUACACUGGCUUCAUUAAGGUCCACCUCAGACUAAGUCGACCAGUCACGGUGCUCGCUGUGGAGGGGACGGGAUUAGACGGCCAGGCGGAAAGACACGGUCGGCCAAUGACGGUGUCAGAAGGCCAGGAGGGGGCGGGAGCAGGGUUCAGUGAGAAGCGGACGUCGUUCUACCUGCCCAGUGACUGUGCGAAGCAGAUCCACAUCAGUAGUACUACUACAGUCAGGGAGGUCAUACAGGGCCUGCUGAAGAAGUUUAUGGUGCAGGAUAACCCACGCAAGUUUGCUCUGUACAGACAGACAUACCGUGAUGGACAAGAUCUGUUCCAGAAGCUUCCUCUUGUGGAGUGUCCUCUCGCUCUGAGACUGGUGGUGGGUCCAGAUCCUGAGCUGCUCAGCUUCGUCCUCAAGGAGAACGAGACCGGAGAGGUAGAGUGGCAUGCGUUCUCGGCUCCUGAGCUGCAGAACUUCCUGGUGAUUCUGGAGAAGGAGGAGGCAGAGCGUGUGCGAUUGGUGGAGCAGAGAUUCGCAGUCUACCGACAGAGCUUGCAGAAGGCAUUACGGGAGGAUCAACCCUGACCCCUCACCCUUUACACCUCAUCUCUCACUCUGACCUUUCAACCCUCACCCUCUUUUGACCCAGGGAGAGACAGGAGCCCACUGAGGUUUAGGCUACUAUUCUCCCCUCAGGACACGGGCAGCCCCUCCCUCACUCCUCACAUCCCCUCUGGAGAAGAGAGGCGGGGUUGAGAAAGCACGGAAAGGGGAAAAGGGACUGUUUGAAGGACGAGUGAACAGGAUGCUGGAACAAAAGAAGUCUGUGUAUCCCUGCGAGUAAAAAGACACUGAACUGAAGGACCGUCUGACUUCGUUGGAUAUCUCGGUUUGAUCUGACAAUCUGACCUGAUGGGUCUUCUAAUGUUACUUUGAAUCUCAGUUUGGUCUGAUAAUGUUUUGUAGAUUCUACUGCUGCUGCCGCUGCUACUGCAAGUGUUACUUACGCAUGAGUCUCACCUUGCUCUAUCUGCCCCGGUGCCCAUGCAUAAAGAUUUAGGACCAGAACAGACAUUACUAUUCAAAGCAACGCUCCAUGGUGGGUGGACCAUCUGGAAUGUUCCAUUACUUGAUGUUUAUUAUAUCAACUCUCAUGUUGUCCCUGCAUGCCUCCUGUCCAGGGCCGAGGGUAGGAUGGGGGGGGUUUAUGGUUGGAUUUGGAAGCAGGGUUGGUAUGGUGGGGUAAAGCUGUGUAGGGUUAGGGUGUGGAAAAAGGAACACCAGAAUCCAUUCUCAUCUUCAGACUCCUCUCAUAUCAGUCCCAGGGAUGUACAGCAGUAUUUCUCAUAGAACUGCUCUAUUGAGCUCAGAAGGCUACAGAAUCAUAAGAAGACUUGAACAUCUCUGUCCUAACUUCUUUAUCCAGCACUGAAAUGAACCCUCUAUCUCAGGCGGCUAACUUGCACUUAACCCUGCAUCUCCCUCUACCAGAGUAACCAUGCUAGUGUGGGAGGUCUUGUGCAGACAGACGUGUAUUUCAUAGGUAGAUGUUAUUCCCAUCUCUUCAGAUAGCCAUUUGUGUACCCUGACAGCAGUCACAUAUAUCUAUAUAUAGCAACAUACAAUAGGCCUUCUAUACCCAAUAGAUAUCCACCCUGUUAUUCAUUAACCCAUUCUACGUAAGCAUACAGUACGUAAACAAUCAACACAAGUAAGCAUUCCUUCACGGCUUGAACUGUCUGCUGGUGUUAUAAGCAUUUACAAACAGCUCAAUGGGAUGUUGAUGUUCUGAUUCUUCGUGAACUGUUCACCCUGUCAUCAGUAACCCCCGACCCCUAUCUCCUAACCUGGAAAUGGACAUUUCCUCUGAUGAGAGACUUGCCGUGCUGCUGGCUCUGUGUCUGUGUAGAGCGUAUGCAGCUGUAGCUACUGUUGUUAGAGGCCUGUUAGAGCCUGCCACUCUGUGCUGCUGUGACAGGCCCAUGAAGCCCUGCUACUGAGUCGACUGUUACAGGACUGAGUGAAUGAGAGGAACUGAUGCUUAAACACUGAUUGGAGGUCAAGGGUCAUACCGCGAGGAGGUACUCCUGGUCAGUUCAUGUGGUCAGGAAAAACUCCUGUCCGUAUUGUUCAUUGAGAAACACCCUUCUGUUGAUCACACCCAAGUGACUCCCCAGCGGUAGUGGGAUAUCUGACUGGAAAUAUGACUUAUUGUAGAAUAAACAAACUGAUUCUGGCCACAGGUCUGUAGAGUAUCCUAGUGAAGGGGCAUGAAAUUAGGCAUGAAAUUAGUGAUUAUUUUGUAGAAAUGGAAUUUUAUCGUACCAAUGAUGUUUAUCUGAGUGUGACGCAUACAGAGAGUUCAGAAAGUUUUCGUACCCCUUGACUUAUUCCACAUUUUGUUGUUACAGCCUGAAUUCAAAAUGGAUUCAAUAUUUUCGCUCAUCCAUCUACACACAAUAUCCCACAAUGACAAAGAGAAAACAUGUUUUUAGAAAUGUUUGCAAAUGUAUUGAAAAUGAAAUACAUAAAUAUCUAAUUUACAUAAAUAUUCACACCCCUGAGUCAUAGUUGUAGAAGCAACUUUGGCAGUGCCGACAGUCUUUUUGGGUAAGUCUCUAAGAGCUUUGCACACCUGGGGCCUCAUUUAUCAAUCAUGCAGAUGCACAAAUCUGUGUGUAAACCAUACAUGGAGUCGUUUCCACGCAAAGUGUAAGAUUUAUGAAUAUGAACGCUAGCUUGAGAGUGUGCAUAAAUGUAUGCACGACCAUGACCAUGCUUACGCACAGUGCCAAAUGCUGGAAUAUGGGAACUGCUUGUUGAGUGUAGAAUGGGGAAAAUAUAUGUUGAAAAUGUGUGAAAUUAUCAGAGUAAUAAUUAAAGAAUUUUUUGAUUUCA